GCCCAUUUUUCACCGGGGGUGGAAUCGUGGCUCGCCGUGCUCCCGCUUCCCACCGCUCCGUAGUAUGACUGCGCAGCUGGCUGCGGACGUGAAUACUGCCCAUUGUCAAGGCGAAAGCGUGUUUUGAAACGGAGUCGAGUCAGAAGGUGUGGCGCGCACGGAUGCGCUAGAAGUGUGCGUCCCCCCCCGCGCCGCCCUCACUUGCAGUGUCCCACCUCCACAUGUACAGGUCCUGCGCGCGGCGGGUUUCUCGGGUGUCUGGUGGUGUGUGCGCGCGCGUCCGCCCGCGUUCCGUAACCACUGUUCUUCGCUUCUUGAGGGAAAACACCACUUUGCAACCGGACCUUAAUGUAUGUGGAUUAUUAAAGUCCGGGUUAAAAACGGGCGGUUUCUUCAUGACGGCUGCUCAGCCUGGAUGUGCUCCUGGUGCCCUGUCUGUACCCUGGUACGUGCCUUCUCGCCGCAGUGUUGACGAGUCGGACGCCGACGCCAACACCGAUUUCUGUCCGAGUGGCUGAGAGAGGGCGCUGAAAGGGCCUGGUGUCCCCCCCCCGGACGAAGGGACCGUCCCAGACGGAUGAAGAUGAACAAGCUGAACUUCCACAACAACAAAGCCAUGCAGGACCGCCGCUGUGUCUGUGUCUUCCUUCCCAACGACGACACGCUCAACAUCAUUGUGAACGUGAAGACCUUGUGUCAGGAGCUGCUCGUCCAGGUCUGUGACCUCCUCCGUCUUAAGGACUGCCACCUCUUCGGACUCAGCGUCAUUCAGAAUAAUGAACAUAUUUACAUGGAACUGAACCAAAAGCUCUCAAAGUACUGCCCAAAAGAAUGGAAGAGGGAGGCAAGUAAAGGAAUUGACCAGUUUGGGCCACCGAUGAUCAUACAUUUCAGGGCUCAAUACUAUGUUGAGAAUGGAAGAUUAAUUAGUGACAGGUCAGCCAGGUACUACUACUACUGGCACCUUAGGAAACAGGUACUGCUUUCCCAGUGCGUUCAGAGGGAAGAGGCUUACUUCCUGCUCGCUGCCUUUGCCCUCCAAGCAGACCUGGGGAACUUCAAGCGGAAUAAGCACUUUGGGAAAUACUUUGAACCCGAGGCCUACUUUCCCCCGUGGGUGAUCGCCAAGCGAGGGAGGGACUACAUCCUUAGGCACAUCCCCAACAUGCACAAGGACCAGUAUGCCCUCACCGCCUCGGAGGCCCACCUCAAAUACAUAAAGGAAUCGGCCCAGCUGGACGACGUCACCGUGCACUACUACCGGCUGUACAAAGAUAAAAAGGAAGUCGAGGCCUCCCUGACCCUGGGACUGACCCUGCGAGGCAUCCAGAUCUUCCAGAAUGUGGGAUCUGUGAGACAGCUCCUCUACGACUUCCCCUGGACCAACGUGGGCAAACUGGUGUUUGUGGGAAAGAAGUUUGAGAUCCUGCCAGAUGGCCUCCCUUCAGCCCGGAAGCUCAUCUACUACACGGGCUGCCCCAUGAGGUCCCGCCACCUGCUGCAACUGCUCAGCAACAGCCACCGUCUCUACAUGAACCUACAGCCCGUGCUGAAGCAGGUGCGGCGGCUGGAGGAGAACGAAGAAAAGAAGCAGUACCGCGAGUCGUACAUCAGUGACGCCCUCGAGCUGGACAUGGACCACCUGGACAAGCGCUCGCGGGCCAGCGGGAGCAGCGCGGGAAGCGUAUCGCGCCACAAACGUCUGUCCCGCCACUCCACGGCCAGCCACGGCAGUUCGCACACGUCCGGGAUCGAAGCGGACAGCUUCCGCGCCGCCGGCCAGGCCCCUCACCGUCCUCUGCGCACCUGUAACAGCUCCACAGCCAGCCAAGGCAGCUCGCACACAUCUGGAGUGGAGAGUGGAGGGAAGGAGCGGGCCCUCGAUGACGAUGAGAUUGAAAUGCUGGUCGAUGAUCCCAAGGAUUAUGAGGAGCUCAUCAGGCAAGACCUGUGCAUUCAUAUCACAGAGGACAUGCUGAUGUCUGGACAGACAAAUGGCUAUUCAGGUCUCAUCGUGAAGGACAUCAGCUCUUCCACGUCCAGCUCCUCUGAGACGGUGGUCAAGCUCCGUGGCCAGAGCAUCGAGUCCCUCCCUCAGGUGAGUCACGCUGAGACGGUGGGCAGGAAGCCGCAGUCGUCGACAGACCGCCACAGCCAGUCGCUGGACGACGUGCGGCUGUAUCAGAAGGACUGCCAGCAAUGGGCCGAGCUGUGCCAGGACACGGCGCAGAGCUACACGUUUGGCUGUGGCCAAGAGCUCAGCGAUGGCACCUACCAGGGGCUGGCAGAGCAGUGCUCGGGCAUUCGCGAAAAUCCAGCCUUCCCCAUCAAACGCACCAGCAAGUACUUUUCCCUGGACCUGACCCACGAUGAGGUCCCAGAGUUUGUGGUGUGACCAUUGGGACGAAGGGCUCGCGGACUGGGAUGAGGGCCAUGCGGCACCUUCCGAAGGCAUGCUGGGAAGACAAGCCCACUCCGUUCACGGAAAGUGGCCCUAAACUGUAUCUCGGCAAUACGUUAUUCUUUGUAUUGGUUUUCAGUCUUUGGCAGCAUUAAAAAGAAGAAAAAAAAAAAAAAUUGAGAAAUUUUGCCAAAGCAGGGUUUAGACAGAAAUGGACAAAAGUGAUAGUCUUUGCGAUAGUCCAUAUAUCAACUUUUGAAUUCACUCAUGGUUUUUUGCAGAGGUCCUUUGCCCUCAUUAUUGCUUUUUUUUGUUUAUAUGUUUUGUUUCCAAGGGAAAAAAUUGACUGAGUUCCUAAAGGAAGGCAUUAGGUGUCACGGCGAUUGGUUCAUGAACACUGGUAUGUUGAAGUGUCAAAGGUUUGACGUGACAUUAUUCGAUGUGUUGGUAGCUAUUGGUGGCAGAGACUUAGAGUUGAGUUGUUCUCCUCCUGGAGUCUUUUGACUCCGACCCCCUGGGACUGUGCAGGCUGGGACGCUUCUGCAGCGUCGCAGAGGUUUCGGCAAAGCAAGCUGCUGCGGUGUGUCGGCCGCGGCUGGCACUAACACGGAUGCACGUGCUCCGAGCUUUUUCCCCAUCUGAUAUCCAACCGUGGCGGAGGAGCACCGAGUUUCUCGCUCGGCCCACAAAGCAUCACCCGAGACCUGCGUUAGCUACAAACCAAAGAUCUGCUUUACUCAAAGAAAAAAGGGGAAAAAAAAAAAGCCCACGGGAACUGGAGCGUCUGCCUUUGUAACCUCAGUACAGCGGUACCGCAUAUGCAAGAGGGGGCUUGCGUCACCCCCGAAACGGCACAUUAAAGCGCAUAGAACUGCCCUGUGUUGUUGCUACACUCUGAUCUGAAGGACGACAUUGACGCGUCCAGAGCUUCUCGAAAUGGACUGAAAAACACUUGAUGUUUGUGUCUUCCAGUUGUCUGUCUCAUUGCAGUCUAUGUUGUUGUGUCGCACGCUUGUGCCGUGCCAAUGUUUUCAACUGCAGCAACUAGCAACGAACUGCCGUAAAUGCCGUUUGUGCCUUGUAAUCUACACAGGUCUUCAAAUUACAUAUUUGCCUUGACAAUCUAAAACUAAAACAUGAGGGAAAUGGAAUUUGUCUUGCUUGUGUGUUGUGUGUUUUUUUUUUUUUUUUUUUUUUUGUUUGUUUACAGAGUUAAUUAUUUAAAUGUAUAAUUUGAAGUGUUUCUACCCUUAUCCUCGUCUUAAUGAAUGUGACCACUAAGAUCAGAUGACUUAAUCCUGUUGGGUCACAUCCACAGAAUGCUCCCUGCUGGAGUCAAUUUUUUUUUUUUUUUUUGUCCUGUCCUAUUUAACAGACUAGUUCUGUGGGUUUUCCGACUUCUUUUGCCCGUAUUUGUUCCAACAUGUCUCCUAAUACCUUGCUGGAUGUAAUAACAGAGCUCCGAACAAGGAUUCCCCGUGAUGUUGAAACUGUUCAUAAUUGAGCUGGUCUAACAAAAAGUGCUCUUUAGCA